AAUUACUUUGAAUCGCCUCCCCUUAUAGUUUUCUUUUGAAGUUUAACACAUUCGGUAAAGAACCCAUCGUAAAUCUAUUUUACUUUCACUUUAAUUUCCUUACACUAUAAUUAACUCAUGAUAUAAUUAACUUCAGGAAUACUCGAAGGUGUGGUUGACUGUAGCGUUAAUUUCAAUUUUAUUCUCGUACAUAUGAAAAAUAUUUGUUGGCCUACGGACCCAGUGUAUGAGACUCGUGAUAGUAGUUAAGUGAACUCGAGUCCACGAUGGUCAUGCAAGGAGCGUUCAAGUUCUUCAACAUAUCUCGGGACUCACAGAUCAUAUCGAAGGAUGGGAGCCGCAACGGCCCAGCAGAGAACUCGAACAUGAAUAAAACCUCAACCAACCCGGCCAACUCCGCCGCCAACAAGCGAGGCGUACGGCGCUGCCGGGCUGUGUUCAGCUACGCGCCCCAACACGAAGACGAACUCGCGCUCACCGAGGGAGACGAGCUCGUACUGCUGCAGGAGGUGGAGGAGGGCUGGUGGAAGGGGGAGCUCCGAGGACAGGUUGGGAUGUUUCCGUCCAACUUCGUGGAGGAAAUCAUCUCUGAUGAUCGCCCUACCAAGGAUGGCGUCGAAGUCUGCAACAAAAACAACAUCAACGCCAACCUCGCAACUGAUGGCGAUUGUGAGGUGAAGCCCAAGCCUGUGCCGUCCCGCGGCCACAGCGGCCGCGACGCCGACCUCAAGAAGGAACUUGUUAAGAAACUGCAAGCCGUUAAUGGGAAGACCCCGGGCACCCCGAGCUCCGGCGUGUACCCGUCGCUGACGGGGGCGGGAGGACGCGUCGAGAAGACGCCGUCGUUGGGGCGAGCAGACAAGACAAAAGACAAGAUCAACUCAGCUAUUGAGAAGGAGGCCGGCCUGUCUAAACCUGCUUCUGAACACAAGGCACAGCGAACGCCAUCUGGCAGCAGCAGACCUUCGUCUCUCAACCGCAAGCCCGUGACCGAGUCCGUCCCCCCACCGCUACUCCCCCCCAAGCCAGUUCGAGAGAUGGCGCGCGUCCUGUACCCCUACAACGCGGAACACGAGGACGAACUAACUCUCAAGGACGGCGACAUUAUCACCCUCAUCUCCAAGGACCUCGAGGACCGUGGCUGGUGGAAGGGAGAGCUCGCUGGAAAAGUCGGGGUUUUUCCCGACAAUUUUGUUCAGAUCAUCAACUCCGACGAAACUCCUAAACCGCCGAGACCUGACAAGCCUCCCACUCUGGGCACUCAGAACUCUCCCACCGCUUCCGCCAGCUCCUCUCCCACUCCUUCAAACGAUUGCCCGGCAAUGAAUGGGAGCAACGAGAAGCUGCUCCACCUCAACCAGCAACGACCCAAAGGACCGAGCCGCCGCCCGCCUUCUGCUGUCUUCAAGGAGAACAUGCGGAAUUCAAGCGAGAGUGACUCUAAUAGCGGCUUAUCCUCAUUGCUCAGUCCAACAAAUUCCUCGAGCGCUGUGGGCUUCGGCUUCCCUGCCAAAGAAGAGACUUCUACGGACGCGCUAAUUUCAUCAAUAACUGAAGAACCAAACGAGGCUGGUGUUGCUCAGAAGGGAGUCGCCAGGAAGCCCUUCACGAGCCCCUCUCUGGGGAACGGUUCAGCUACACCAAACGCCAGAACCCCGUCAGUGCCCGCCAAAUCUCCCUCCAUGCUAGGAGGUGUGGGCUCCAACCAACCUACUGUGCCCUGGCUGGAGGAACUCAAUGCCAAACAAAAAAGGAAAUCCCUCAUGCAAGAUUUGGAGCGAGAUGUGCCUCCGUCUUCGCCAACACUGAAUCAAAGCAAACCGGCUCCUUUGGCCACAAAACGGCUCCCCCAAACAGCGACCGCCUCAGUAGGUUCCGACGCCCAGUCUGCCAAACCUUCGGAGGACACAAUUAUCACCAAACCACCUUUGGCCCAGUCUCAACCUUACAAGUCAUUCAGUGAUGACCUGCAGAAGCAGCCUCAACAGCCCGACCUGAUCUCAACGGCCGCGCCGGCUCGAAAAGUAUCCUCAUCCUUUGGUAAACCAGAGCAAUCCCAGUCGGCAGACCAAAGUCAAGUUUCAGAACCAUCGUCAUAUGUUAAAGAUGCCGCAUUGGUGCCUGGCUCGACGGCCGCUAUUGCCCGACAUUUGCAGCAACAGUCACAAACUUCUCAGUUGUCUUCUAGAAGUCCCAUAUCCGUGAGCUCAAAUUCUUCAAUCCAAUCAAACUCAAACUUGACCAAACCAAAACUAGCGAAAGCUACUAUUUCUUCCGGCACUUCAAGUACUUCAAUUUCUUCCACUCCCUCGCAAGGCCCGCUUCCUCUUGGUGAAACAUCUCAUUCGGCUCCUGUUGAGGCCAAUUCAUCGGUAAACUCUCAAGUGACACCUCUUGAUCAUGCAGAAGCUAAUCCAGCUGUCCCAAAUUCGGAGACCAUCACCUCAUUAGAUCCCAGUGUCAAAGCCCCUUUGAUCCAAAACGAUCCUACUCUCAUCCUACCUUCAUCAGCGCUCUCAUCCACCACCCCACCAUCAUCUCAUUCUGUCACCCGGAACACUUCAACAGUCUCGGCACCCGCAGUCAUCCCUGCCUCUGCACCCAUUGUAGCUCACCUUCCAAGCACUGACAGCACUGAUUCAACCAACGCCGGCACAAUUAAAGUAGAAGAAGCAGUUAAUGCUGUUCUUGUCGUAGUCUUGCCCAAGAUUAGCGAGCUGGAGAGCCGGCUAGAAGAACAGAACCGCGAGCAUUGCCGCCAAGUGAAGCUUCUCACCGAGGAACUCGACGAAGAGCGCAAGAAACGAGCCUGUCUCGAAAUUGAACUUGAACGCUUGAAAAGAACCAUGAAUAACUACGCCGCUCACGUGUAAAUGAACCUCAAUCAACAGUGGCAUCAGUUUUUCUUCAUAUUGAGGUAGCACAGUUCAUCUUGCAUGAAUGAUUAUAAAUUUUCCAUUGGUUAUCAGAUUUUCUUGAGAAACACAACAUGCUUUGGUACUUGGAGGGCUAUUGCCGUAUGAUGGUUACUCUUUGUUGUUUUUACAUGCUUUUGACGACUUGCGACGAAGGAAUAAAUUUAUAUUUUGCUUCUAUUUCAGUGGUAAAAAAUUUGUCACAAAUGGUAUUAUCCGUUAAGAUUUCAACUAUCCGUCAUAAUUUUAAGAUGACCAGUAACGCUAUUGUUUUUGAGUGAAUAGAAGCGUGCCACACUUUUCCAAGUAUUACAAUUUUUGCCACAGGUUUCAUUAGUGGUAUAUUUUGCUGCGCAGCUCAAUGAGCUUAUUGAGCUCAUCACCUGUGCAACUGCGUCCAUAAGAUAAAUCAUGAGUAUUAACUCGAUAAAUUAUACCGGCCUUCAGCUCAAAAAGUUUUGAGGGAAAUGUUGAUUAUAAUUAGUUUAAUUACUGAUUGCGAGUGCACCUUCACGAUGAGUCUUCAAGGUCUGUUUUAUCCUGCAGGUCGGCGGGCACAUGAGAAAUAAAUUGUGGAUAAAAUCAGAAUUGGGGAGCAUUUACGAUGUACCUAAAAUUUAUUUACUAUAACUCAAAUUAAUUUCCUAUGGAACUAAUUAAUUUUUUUCUCUGGAAGUGCCAUCGUGUACUGAACCUGGCGAAUUCCUCGCGACCCAAAAUCGCUUGCACAAAUCAUUGCUCAACCUAACAAUCCUCGGUCACAAAUUUAACGAUUCUUCAUUACUGACAUUUAUUUUGUAGCUUGUUUGGUUGUAAUUUAUAGACUGAAUAGAGCUCCCACUCAGUGGCCUAAUCUACUGUAUCUAUUUUGUUGAUUACAAUGGCGUUUAUUACGUAGAGUGAUCGUUUUCAAAACAUGAUCAUCUGCAAAUGGUUGAUAUAUACAGCUAACUUAAAUACCUACUUAGAUUUUUUGCUUACUCUUCACUAUAUCGUCAUAGUGAUGCUUAGUUUUUUUAAAUUCAAAAUGUAACUGUAAUUCAGGAAUAACAUUUCUUCUCAAUCACAAGAUUUAUUCCAAGAUUUUUCUCGGUUUCAUCGCUCUGCUGUUACAGAAUGCCCAUUAUUGGCUUGAUGCUGCUCUGUCCGCACAAAAAUAUUGUCUAGUUUAAACAAUCCGUGUUAUGCUUCUAUACCUAUUUCUGUACAUUAUGCGCUGGGCAACUUCUAAUUUAAUUCCUGACUGUGUUGUACAGUUUUGUACGACUUUUAAUGUGGAGUUAGCAUGUAAGGAUUGAUCGGGAAUGUAGCGCUUUUGUCUACGCUAAUAUGCUCUUGGAUAUUGUCUGUCGUCCGGUGCAUUUCGAUUGCAUGGCAUAAUCGUUCUAGAAAUUUUCAAAACAUUCUUCCAAUUCAGAUGUUUAAUAUGAAUUUAAAAUCACGCGUGAGAAUUGGUUGAAUACAUUACAAUUACAGCACCGUUGAAAACCUGCAAGCAGAUAACGAGUUGGACAACUAUUUUACAGACUGAAGUCUCCCAUCCUUUGUUGCGCUGCAAUGAAUAUAAUAACGUAAAUGUGGUAGCUAUCGUUUUUAUAGUUGGAUUAUUUGUAUAUUUUGUACAUUAAAGGUUUUUUGAUUUUUAUUGCUUUCACAAAUAUAGAUUAUUAGCUGUAAUCCUUCCCAUCAUUCUUUCUCUUUUUUAGUCUAUUUCCGUUUUAAUUCUACUGCAUUAUAUGGUCUCUUAUACCAUUUCUCAUCUUCUUUAGUUUCGAUAUAUUUUGAAUGCAAAAGAUAUUUAGCCAUCAUUUUUUUCAAACAUUACAAACUGCAUAAUUUCUACGCUAUUACCGCCUAUGUUUGAAGCAUUUUUCGAGUGUUUUUAAAUAUGAAUAUUUAGAGAAGAGUUUUGGCGGAGGAAAGCCGGUAAAUUAGGAAACCCGGUAAGCAUUCAGAACUCUUUGUUGCCAUUCAGUAUCGGUUAUUUGGCAGUAGCUUUCAUAUUGCGCUUACUCUGAUCGCGGGCAAUCAAAACACAGACAAUGUUUAAAACUUGUCUUAAGGGAUCAUUUGCAAUUUUGUUUUUAUAGUUUGUUAUAAGAAAAUAUAUCGGUUUAUAGAAUAUAAUAACUGCGAUUUUCACCAUUGUCGUCCAUUUUGCUUUUUUCUAGAAGUAUCUUAUCUUUUUACCCGAAUUAUGUCUGCUCUAUUUUUAUGUCUGCGUUUAUAUUUUUUUAGGUUAGGUGAAGACUGUCGAAGAAUCGAUGCAGAAAGCAGUGGUGUGAAUGUGAAUGAACUAUGUCGACAUAUUACUUCAUUCAUCAGUUGACACUUGUCUUGAUUGUCAUCCGCGUAUUUAUCCAUUUCCUGACUAAAAUUUAUGAAAUAAAUGACGCAAUCGCACUAUUAAUUAUCCAUUGUAAACAAAUUUGAAGGUAAUAAUGGUCAUCUCUCUCAUGUCCAUAGAACGCCCAAAUACACUUUUCCGGUCGCCAAUACAAUUUUUUUCCAUUUGGCUUAUUUGCCAUGCAAUUGAUUGACAAUAUUCGACAAAUAAGAAUGUUCGAUAGUGCUAAGUCAUUUUAGGUAAUAUAAAUUUACAUUUAUAUCUUCUGACUGAUUUAGAUGCACAUAAUGAUGUAAGUGACCAUCUUGAAAUUGCUGAAGCGCAUUCACCGCUUAGAAUGUCCGCAUCGCACUCGUAGCUGGUAGAGUAGUCGUGGCACGAUCUUCUCGUCUUGUAACUUGAUUUGUAUAAUUUUCAUCCAUUAUCCUGUAAUUUUUUAAAUAGAUUAUGCCUAUGCUUUUCUGUAAGAAUGGAUUUAUUUUAUGCUGCUUAACUAAAAGUCUAUUUUAAUGAUUUGUAACUAUGAUCUCUGUGAAGAAUUCAAAAUGGAUAUAUUUCGUUGUCACUGCCGCAACUACAUUAUUUCGCACCAGGUGCUCACUGUCCGGUUAGCGAAUGAAAUUUUCCAUCAUGUUGAAGAUCGGUUGCCAUCAUCCCCAAUAAGGGGAUAUUUUCCGUCACAAAAAAUAGGUUAUUCCGCAAGGUACAGAAACCGCGCUGCUCCAACCUGGUUUUAAGCAUUCAUUCAUUUAUUGACUCAUUCCAUCUUGGCAUUCCAGCUGAUAUUAACUGCUCUGUUGAUCUGGUGAACCUAAAUAAAAUUACAGAACUAUCAACCUGACGACAUCGAAGAUCAUCCGCAUUCCAAUUAAGUUAGCCAUCGAUUAAAUUUGUAUCUAGUGUGUGGCCAGAUAUUUAUUUUGUCUAACCCAAUAAUGAGACCUGUACAACGAGGCUUAAUUAGAUCGAUUAGUCAAGAUUAUGCGAGAGCGAUUAAUAUGUUUUUUAUUGAUAAGUUCGUGUCCUUGUCUUGCCAUGACCGGUGCCUGGUUGCUUCCGGUGACCUAUGUUCGACCCAAGAACUUUGUAUUUACCUAAUUAAUCUAACAACUUUAACCCCCAAGAUAGUAACAUGUAUUUUGGGUCGUCUAGUCACGGAAAAAAUUAAACUAGAAAAUUUG